GAAACCGUUUCGUACGGCCGCGCGGAGAAAUCAUCGGAUGCAGUCGCCGAUCCGAGUGCGGCGCAUCCGCAUGACCAGCGCAGAGGAAGAGCUGGUACUGACUGCAACAGCACAACCAGAAGCCCCCCCACCUGCUCGUGUACCGUUGGAGCACCUUCCAUGGUCUCUAAUACCAAAUCGAAACAAAUACGCGCAUCGCCCGCGACUAAGACAAGGGUCUGCGGGUGGCGUUCACGACGGCAUCCUGUACCUCUUUGGAGGGUUCGAAGACAGCGGCCACCGAUCCAACAGCCUUAUCCAGUACGACAUGCGUACGCAACAGUGGAGCGACCUCGACUGCUUCGGGAAGAUCCCACCGCCGCGCUAUGGCCAUGCAUGCGCGUUGUACGAGCAUGAGAUGUGGUGCUUUGGAGGACAGGGUCCCGAAGAAGGAUUGAAUCAAAAGAACAUCAUGGGGGACCUCAACAUAUUGGACCUGCGGACGCGAGAGUGGCGGCGCGGCGUCGUGUCGUGCGCUGGUGUCAAUGGCCGCGUGAACUUCCUGCCGCUUCCGCGGCGGGGCCACUCCAUCGUCGUUCACGAACACUCGCUGUACCUCUAUGGCGGGUCGGGGCCUGAUCGAAUGUAUGGUAAAGAUUCGUAUUUUGGCGACUUGCAGCGGCUCGACUUGAAAGCCAUGUGCUGGCAUGAGCCGACCAUGACCGGCGCCAUCCCUGAACCUCGCGCGCAGCACGCCGCCGCCGUCGUUCAAAACACGAUCGUCGUGUUUGGAGGGCAGUCGUCCGCGAAGAAGCAUACCAUCAUGCAAGCGCUCCGCCACAAAUCUUCCAAAUCGACCAAGGAGAUCGUUGUCGAUCGCAAGUGCCUCAAGAUUGAAUUCUCCCCACCCGACACGGGCUUUGCAUCCAACACAGUCCACGUCCUUGAUCUCCAUCGGUACAACUGGACGACGCCGACGCUAGCCGGCACGGCGCCAUCUGCUCGAUACGGCCAUGUCUUGACCAGUCACCCGCAAAAUCCCCUCGUCCUGUUCUGCUUCGGGGGAGUCACCGCGACUGGAGGGUACAACGACCCAGCCAUUCACUGUUUGGAUCUCGAGCUCCAUCGAUGGUCGACGCUGACUGCGCUCGAUCCAAUUCCACCGCGCACGCGGCACGCUAUGUUUACGUGGGACACUCAGAUGAUGAUCUUUGGUGGGUGCGGCCGGGAUGGGCUCUGUGUGGGCGAUGUAUACACGAUUCAGCUCCCUCCAGUACCGCCACCCCCUCCCUACGCCAUCAGCACGUCGGAAGCACCCAAGGCGACGGCUUCACCGCCCCCGACGCGCCCACAGACUGUCCACUUGGCACAUGUGAAACCUAGCACUGCCACGGUAACUUCCAGCAGCACAAGCAGGUCGUUAGGAAUCUCCAUCAGCCCGAUCAAGCUCAAGAAGAUGGAGCCCCAGAAGUCGUGGACGUCCCUGGCACUGUAGCGUUAGACGAUGACUCUGAAAUGGACGUGCCGUAAUGCGAUAUCGAUGGAUCUGCCAUCUCCUCGUUCCCGUUGAAUCCUCCACUCG